AUGUGGGAUUUGGAUUUUAACAAGGAUUUGGUUGACAUUAUUGCUGUCAAGCAGUACAUCUCCAAACGAUGCCUACAUGCCCAUGAUGCUCUUCAGGAUCUGGUGCCUCUCCACCCCAACAUCAGCAACACGUCCGACUCAGAGAAGGGGUUUGACAAGUUCAUGUCCAAGAUGGGUGAUGAUCAACGGGCGAUAGACCCUACAGAACUCAAUGCUAUUCUUCACACAGAAAUACCCGUGCUGUUGGACAACGAGAACAUUGUCCUGGCGUUCAAGCCUUUCCCCUCGCAAUCCUGGAGUCUGGAGUACAAGAGCAUCCCUUACAAAAGUAUUCGUGGAUUCUCUGCGGAGUCUGCGGGUAGCUGGGACCGAGAUUCUGAGAUCAAGCUGUACACCCGCAAUCUCUGGGAUUUGCAAAAGCUUAGUCUGGACUUUCGCAAGGGCAAAAAACACGGCCGUGACAUGUUCGUCUACACAACUCUUCGACUCCUUAGGGUCGAUGUACAAGGUCUCAGUGGAAACAAAGUCCAAUACAAGUCAAUUCCGAUGAAAUGGGUCCACAGUUUUGAGGUGGAGACUGCAGGCCACCUGGAUAAUGAUGCAGAAGUUUAUAUUCAGACGAGCAUCCCUGGAAUGCAGCGAGUUCAACAAGAUAUUCUGGUCAAGGCUGGCGAUGUCAUGCAGAUGCAUGUGUACCUGACCAACAAGCUUUUGUUUCCACCAAACUGAGGCCGGCCCUUUCAAUGCUAGGGUACUGACAUGAUUGUACUGUCUGUAGCUACCGUUAUUAGAGAACUAGCUUAUUAUAGAAAUCGUACUGCU